AUGCGUGAAGUCAACUUCAGCAUCCCCAACGCCAACAAGGCCUCGGUCGGCAUCACGACCGCCCUCUACGACCGCCGCGCCCUCGACUGCACCUCGACCCUGCCGCUGAUCAACUCGCUCAACCAUCUCGCCUAUCUGACCACCUCGUCCGCCCGCAUCAGGGACAUCCUGACCGUCGAUGGCGGCAUUGAGCGUCUGAUAUGCAUCCUCAAGGAGGGCCGGAGCAAGGACAUGAUGGACAUGUGGAAGUGGAACCUGGCCUUCCAGUGCAUCUUCAACAUUGGCGUGCGUGGCUCCGAGAACGUCAGGACCCGCGUCGUCGAGGCCGACAUGGUGCCCGUCAUCGCCACCAUCCUCGACAACUACAUCAAGGUCGUCGAGAAGUACAGGCAGAGGGCUGAGGCCGAGCUGCACCGCUCUGCACGCCUGGGCGGCUCCAGCCGUCACCACUCGUCGCGUUCGGGCGAGAUGGCCUCUGGCUCGGGCCACCGGUCUGAGCGCUCGCGACGCGCUGUGCCUCCUCCCAUUGAGAUCCCCCAGCUGCCGCCACACACCGGUCUGACCCAGGCCCAGAUUCCUGUCCUUGAUGCUGCCAUGGAGGGGAACCACAUACCUGCGUUUGCGUUGAGCUCUCCACCUGAGCGCACCACAUUCAACCGCGGCCGUCCAUCACACCACCAUCACCACACCCAUAGGCCACACCACGAGACACGGGCGCCGCUGUUUGGAGCUGCUCCUCGCACCCUUGGCCAGCCUCUGGUGACAGCCAUACCGUCUAUGGAGACAACAGCUGAUGGUUUUGCGCUGCGACCCGUGCGAGAUGCUGACCGUCUGCCGUCCAUGCUCCCCGCCCUGGCCGGAGAAAUCACUUCCCAACCCGAGUCGCCCACCACGCCGAGUGCUCCACUUGUUCGCCAGGCAAGCCCACGUGCGGGCCUCAACCGCACACGCCGCCGCCCGUCGAUCCGCCACCAGCUGUCCAUGUCUGGAGAGUCUGACCUCGAUGCCCAACAGGAGGAGCUGUCUUUGGACGCCGUCGCAGCGGCUGGCCCGGCUGCGAACGAGCCCAUUGUUGGUAUCCAGCAAGACAUCGACCUCUCCGCCAUCGUGGACAAUGUGGAAAUGGAAGCUGGCACAACACCAGUUCCUCUCGCAGCGCCUGCCGACCCUGCGGACGAGAACAACGAGACCUUCAACAUCACACACCGACCUGCACUUGACGGCAGCUUGAUCAACCCAACUAACACUCCGCCUACUGCCGCUACCAUUGCCGGCUUCUCCCCCAUGCAGCCCAACAUCAACGGCCCGAAUGUAAACCCUCCUCCGUCCUGGUACCCUCGCUAUGCACAAGACCGUAAUGCCACAGCCGGUGUGCUCGCUGCCAUGCCCCGUGAUGAGGAUGUUCUGAUGUCGCUGCAGCUGUUGGCGUACGUUUCGAAGUACUGCAACCUGCGGAACUACUUCCAACAGUCCCACCUUGUUCCCAAGCUCAAGAUUGGAGAUGACUUGCAGCUGCUGGACGGCGAAGUUCCUGUGCCAAAGACCGAGGAAGAAGAAGAAGAGGAGCUGGAGGAGUACGAACUUCCGGACGACUUCAACAUCUUCCCACUUGUUGAGCAGUUCACCGUUCGACACCACACAUCAGACAUGCAGUACUGGGCCAGCGUUGUCAUGCGCAACCUUUGUCGCAAGGAUGACUCUCGUGGCGGCAUCCGUCAGUGCGCAUACUACCAGUGCGGUCGUUGGGAAGACAAAGAGUGCCAGAAGAGCGCGUGGGUGUUCCACCGCCACUGGUGUGUAGCUGCGACCUAGACAGACGACGGUGCUAUUUCCUAAUCAUCUGUUUCCGCACAACAUACCGUCACAUUGUCAUUGGACGUUUAUCUAUGGCCGCAUACUGCAUGGCGCUUGUCUCUUCAUCAUAAUCUUUGAGGGUUUCAUACUUUUAAUGAGCGUCACGACAUUGGGAUACCACAACAGACUGCUUCUCUUUUAUCGAAGGACAUGUACGGGAGUUGGCAAGCAUAUUUGCAAAGAGGAGGAUCACACGAUGCAUUGAGUCACAGGACUCUCACUAUACCACAUUGUUUUCGCGAGCAUUUUUAUUGGGCGUUGGAGUAGCUGUAGCUGGUUCAGUGCAAUCCAAAAGCAUUUGAGCUCCUACUAAACAACCACUCUGCCUGCGCUGAAAUUCCGUUUCGUCCGUGCUGUUUUACUUAUAGUGUUUGAGUCAGCGGGGCAUAGCAUAGCGUAGCAUAGCAUAAUAGAAGAUCUGUUUCAACC